GUAAGCUUUCCCUUCACUUCAAAAUUCCCAUUUCCCUCCCUUUCUUGUUUCUUCCAUCGCCGCGCUCUCUCCUUCUCACACCGAUUCCGCUGACCCUCACCGCAUCGCAACUCCUUGUUGCCGGGUCAGUUCAGAAGUAUGGAGCAGCAGCGCCACCAGAAAACCGCCCAACAACAACCACAGGAAGAAGGUGAAGAAAUCCAACACGGACCUCUACCCAUCGAACAGCUUCAGGCUUCGGGCAUAGCUUCCAUCGACGUCAAGAAACUGAAAGAUGCAGGAAUUUGCACUGUUGAGUCUGUCGCUUACACUCCCAGGAAAGAUCUUUUGCAAAUCAAAGGUAUCAGUGAAGCAAAGGUUGACAAGAUUGUUGAAGCAGCGUCGAAGCUGGUGCCGAUGGGGUUUACUAGUGCUAGUGAGCUUCAUGUCCAGCGGGAAUCAAUUAUUCAGAUUACCACUGGGUCAAGAGAGCUUGACAAGAUUUUGGAUGGUGGAAUUGAGACAGGUUCUAUCACUGAGUUGUAUGGUGAGUUUCGAUCCGGGAAGACUCAGUUGUGUCACACUCUGUGUGUCACUUGCCAAUUGCCACUAGAUCAAGGGGGUGGUGAGGGAAAAGCUAUGUACAUAGAUGCUGAGGGCACAUUUAGGCCUCAGCGACUCUUACAGAUAGCUGAUAGGUUUGGACUCAAUGGUGCUGAUGUAUUGGAAAAUGUCGCUUAUGCUCGAGCAUAUAACACUGAUCAUCAAUCACGGCUUUUGCUUGAAGCAGCUUCAAUGAUGGUGGAAACAAGGUUUGCUGUAAUGAUAGUAGACAGUGCUACUGCCCUCUAUAGGACAGAUUUCUCAGGAAGAGGUGAGCUUUCAGCCCGGCAAAUGCAUCUAGCAAAGUUCCUGAGGAGCCUUCAGAAAUUAGCAGAUGAGUUUGGUGUGGCUAUUGUCAUAACAAACCAAGUAGUUUCACAAGUAGACGGUUCUGCAGUCUUUGCUGGACCUCAGGUCAAGCCUAUUGGAGGCAACAUUAUGGCUCACGCUACAACAACAAGGUUAGCUCUCAGGAAAGGUAGAGGGGAAGAACGAAUCUGUAAAGUGAUAAGUUCUCCUUGUUUGGCCGAAGCUGAAGCAAGGUUUCAGAUUCUUGCUGAAGGUGUUUCGGAUGUUAAAGACUGAACAAUUUUAGCAUGUCUUAAAUUUGUUUCUUUUUUGUUUGCUUUUGUCCUUUUGUAAGUGGUAACAGAUGAUUUGCAAGCAUCCUAUGUCUAAUUUUGCAACGUUUGUCAGUUUGGUAGUUCACAUUUUUUACUA